CAUUAAUUCUUUAAAAAGAAGGAAAAUUGUUUCAGGUACCGGUGGAUAUUAAAUGUCAAUUUAAUCAAAAAUUAGUAAAGAUAUGGUAAAUAUGAUAAUUUAAUUGGCGCCAACUGAUUGCGCGUCAUUUGUACUCAAAGAUUUAGCUAUUAUGGUAUGCUGUAUUUAUUUUUAUAUUCAUUAUUAGUAAUGAUUACGGUAAAACUUCCAAACUGUGACGUGUGUAAUCUACAAAUAUUAAUUUGCUUAAAAAAAACGUUAAAAAGGCCUUCCGCCGAAUUUUUUCAUAAUUAGGCCAUUUUACGUCAUUUCCACCAAAAAAAGUUUCGAAAAAGCCGCGAUUCGGAAGUUUUACCAAUAAUACUUCUAGUUUUUCAAUACCAUUACUACGAAUCAUAUAAUUAUCUAUAAUUCACAAACUGCGCAAGCGUAUUAGUAAUAUCAAUAAAAAUUAAGUAUAUGUAAUUAUUACUAAUUAAAUAAUAUAAAGAAAAAAUCCGUUUACCAUAUUAGAUCAGUCUUCAAGCACAAAUGACGCGCAAACGUUCGGCAUCAAUUAAAUUAUGAUAUCUUCAGUAAUUUUUGAAUAAGUCAACAUUGAACUUCCACCUGCACCAGAAACAAUUUUGCUUUUUUCUAAGAAAACUAAUUAACGCACAAUUAAACUACUUACAUAUUUAGAACCCGCAAACAAUCCAAUUUAUUCGUAAAGUUGAAUGAGAGGAUUAUUUAUAUCACAUGACUAUUUAUGGCAUACUUUAUCUACGUUAAUAACUGUUUAUGGUUGUAAAGUAUAGACAUCUAGUGACGGCAUUGCGAACCAGCAUUGCCAAGAGUAGUUGAUAUAACAUUCCUGUAUCUGAUCACGAUAAAUAUAUAUCACUUACUUAGUUAUUAAACGAACGUUUUAAUUAAGGAAACCCAAUAUUACAUGGUGUCAGAAGUGGGAUAAAGCGUCAAUAAACAGGAAAAAGUGAGAAAGUUGUGAAAUGGCCACGAACGACGCAGUAUCAGGAAUAAAGCCGCCAGCUAACCUACAAAUCGACUCGGACAAAUCAACGAGCUGGAAAAAGUGGUUACAACAAUUUGAGUGGUAUGCCACUGCUAUCCAACUAGAUAAAAAGCCAGCCGAGGUCCAGGCAGCAACAUUUAUGGCUGUGAUAGGCCCAGAUGCGAUCGAAAUUUACAAUAGUUUCAAUCUCAGCGAGGUGGAAACAGAUAACCUACAAGUUAUCAAAGAUAGGUUUAAAGAGUAUUUUGCACCAAAAACAAACAUAUCUUUUGAAAGAUAUAUAUUUUUCAAGAUUGAACAAAAUGAAGAUGAACAAUUCAAUGAGUUUUUGACUAGAAUAAAAACCCAAGCAGGAAAAUGUGAAUUUGACAACUUAUGCGAUGAAAUGCUGAAAGACAAGAUAGUAUUCGGAAUUAGAUCUAAUCAAGUAAGAGAGAAAUUACUAACAGAAGACAAACUAGAUUUGAUGAAAGCGGUAAAUAUCUGCAGAACAAGUGAACAAGCUUCCAAACAACUGGAUGAGUUUGAAAGUAAAAGUAAAACGGAAAGAGUGUCAGCAGUGAAAAACAAAGAUGCCAGAAAAGAAGAAAACAAGAACUUUGACUGCAGAAGAUGUGGUACAAACCAUAAACGCCGAGAGUGCCCAGCUUUUAACAAACCAUGCACAAAAUGCAAUAGAAAUGGUCACUUUGCAAAUAUGUGCAGGACUACAAAGAAAUAUGAUACUAAACGGAAAAAUAGAGUGAAUGUACUAGAAGAAAGCUCAAAUUCUGAAGAUGACGUAUACAUAUCUGCUAUAAGUACUGGAGAAAAGAAAAACUGGACAGAAAAGAUUCAGGUUGACAACGUGAAGUUUACAGUUAAACUAGAUACAGGCGAAGAAUGUAAUGUAUUACCAAGACACUUGAUGGACAAAACAAAAGCAAGUCUGAAGUCAAGCCGAACAAGAAAUCUGAUAAGUUACACAGAUGACAAAAUGACAGUGUUAGGUGAAGUAGAGCUAGUAUGUAAAUUAAAAAACGAAGAAACAAAAAUUGUUUUCAAAGUAGUUCAAGAAAAAGUUACACCAAUCUUAGGACUUGAUACCUGCGAAAAAUUGGGACUUAUUGCACGAGUCAAAACAUUGAAGGAAAGUCAAUGUACAGAUGACAUAUUCGAAGGCUUAGGCUGCUAUAAAGGUUACGAGUAUGAUAUCGAUCUGAUUGAGAACCCAAAAUUCGAAAUAAAGCCGUCAAGAAGAAUUCCACAUGCUUUAAGAGAUGAAGUUAAGCAAGAACUUGACAGAAUGGUGAAGUUAGAUGUAAUAAAACCAGAAACAGAGCCUACCCCUGCUGUGAGUCCUAUGGUAGUUGUCAGACAAAAAGAUAAAAUGAGAAUUUGCAUAGAUCCAUCAAACGUAAACAAAAAUAUCCUGAGACGUCAUUUUCCACUUACCACUAUAGAAGAAAUUUCAGCUGAUAUCAAAGGUUCUAAAUUCUUCGCAUUAUUAGAUUGCACAAAGGGAUUCUGGCAAAUAAAACUUUCAGAAAAAACACAAAAAAUAUUAACAUUCGCUACCCCAUGGGGAAGAUAUUCCUUCAAGAGACUCCCGUUUGGUGUAUCAUCAGCACCUGAGAUAUUCCAAGAAAUAUUGACAAACUUGCUCAGCAAAUUUAAAAACGUGAGGGUAUCUAUCGAUGACAUAUUUAUACAUGCAAGAAGUAGCGAAGAACUAGGCAAAACCGUAGGCGAAGUAAUAGAAGUGAUGAAAAACUCAGGCUUUAAACUUAAUAAAAGCAAAUGCAUUUUUGAAGCAAAGAGAAUAAAAUUUCUAGGUCACAUUGUUUCAGCCAACGGACUAGAAGCAGACCCGGACAAAGUAGAGGCCAUACAAGCAAUGAAAACUCCAACAAAUAAAACAGAGUUACAGAGACUACUAGGGAUGAUUACAUAUCUAAAUAAAUUUAUCCCCAAUAUGUCAGAUUUAACAAAUCCACUAAGAGAUUUGUUACACAAAAAUACAAGCUUUACAUGGGAUUUUUAUCAUAAAGAGGCGUUCAAAAAAAUAAAGCAACUACUACAGAGUCCUCCAGUACUGAGACUAUAUGAUGUUAACAAACCUGUAACUUUAACAGUAGAUGCAAGUUCCAAAAAUCUUGGAGCUGCACUCCUUCAAGAAGGACAACCAAUAGCCUAUGGAGCAAGAGCAUUGACAAAAUCCGAACAGAACUAUCCUCAAAUUGAAAAAGAAUGCUGUUUGGAUGCAAGAAAUUUCAUGAAUAUGUAUAUGGUAAGGAACUGACAGUAGAAUCAGACC